GUAUUGUCUUACAGCUGAAUCACAAUGACAUCAUGAGGUUUAACUGCACCAUGAGAGCAGGAGUCUGCAAACCCACACGUGUCACCAGACCUGAUGUGUCAAACAGCAGCAGAAGAAGAGAGAUGCUGAAACAUGUCUGAAGGCUCGGACUGGUGAUAAACGGGUCGAUUUCAUCAGACUGGCCUCAGACUCAGACUCGCUCGUCCACGUCUGUUUAUUUUCUUUCCACGUGGACGUGCUGCGCGCAACCACAGGAUUCCUCGCGGAAGUGACGGCAAGGCGGCGAUGGCGGCUCGCAGUUUCAUUCCGGAUUUCCACUGGACUACAAACCGAAUCUAACGGAGCCGGCUAGACUUUUGUGAACUUUUGUAAAGCUGUCUCCCUUCGGACGCCGCACACAGUGAAGUCACGUUGAAGCGGUGCUUGACAACGAGCGGCCCCAAAGGUUUUUUGGGGUAUUUUUGUCCUAGGUUCAAGGUGGUCACCCUGUCGAGCUAACGGUAGCUUGGUGGCUACUAGCUAACGUUAGUUGGUACACAGCUAGCUCCUGAGCUAGCUUGUCAACGAGCUGCGUGCUAAGGUCCAUACAGCAGCAGCCGUCGUGCAGCAGCUUUUCUUUUGACCACGUCCACGUUUGUCUCCCACCGUUACAAUGAAAAUGUUCUCUAUUUAACGUUAAUUGUGCCACAAGUGUGCAGAGCGAGGUACUCACACGUUUGUCUGGCCUCAAUUGUCAGUCAGUUUGAAUUGCUAGUUUGGCGGCUGUGGCUAAAACGGAUUUUGACUAUCACUAGCAAGCAAGUUCCUGCAGUAAUUGUCCCACCAACUUCGGGCAGGAGCGCGUUUGCAGCUGAGAAUCGAAGUUGACUUGCUGUGGGGUCUUUGCGUGCUCAUCAACAUGCUGAAGACCCGGCAAUGUUUACUUGGCAUCCGCACUUUUCUCGGCGUAACGUCGAGAAUAUGGGGCUUCAUCAUGUACAUCCUCAGGAAGCACCUACGAACGAUAAUCCAGUAUCAGACGGUGCGAUACGACACUUUGCCUCUGUCACCCAUCUCCAGAAACAGACUCAAUGCAGUAAAGAGGAAGAUUCUGGUUCUGGACCUGGACGAGACGCUGAUCCACUCUCACCAUGACGGGGUCCUCAGACCCACAGUGCGACCUGGCACGCCGCCAGACUUCAUCCUCAAAGUCGUCAUUGACAAGCAUCCAGUCAGAUUCUUCGUACAUAAAAGGCCACAUGUUGACUUCUUUUUAGAAGUGGUGAGCCAGUGGUAUGAGCUGGUGGUUUUCACAGCCAGUAUGGAGAUCUACGGCUCGGCGGUGGCAGACAAGCUGGACAACAACAGGAACAUCCUGAAACGCAGAUACUACAGACAGCAUUGUACAUUGGAUCUAGGUAGUUAUAUUAAAGACCUGUCUGUAGUACACGAUGACCUGUCCAGUAUUGUGAUCCUGGACAACUCGCCUGGUGCUUAUCGUAGCCAUCCAGACAAUGCAAUACCCAUCAAGUCCUGGUUCAGCGACCCUAGUGACACAGCACUUCUUAACUUGCUGCCUAUGCUGGAUGCACUAAGGUUCACUGCUGAUGUCCGCUCCGUCCUCAGUCGAAACCUCCACCAGCACCGGCUCUGGUGAUUGGAUGAAUCAAGAGGGGGCGGGGCUUGUUGACCAGCCUCUUCCUCUCUUGCCGGCUUCCAUCCUGCCCCUCCGUUCCCACACAGACGACCCACCAGCCCUCUCUGAGCCUCUCAGACGUGUGCUGAGGAGAUGAGGGUUGGGGUGACCGCCUCACACGGGAUGAACAGUACGGGACCACCGGAGCCCAGAACUACUGAGGAGGGACGGGGGAGCCACCUUGUUUUUUUUUGUUUUCCUUCUAUUUUUUUUCUUCUUGAUUCUUUAUUUGUAUUUUUUUUUUUUUUUCCAAAACAAAAUGGAGCCUCUCUGCCUUAUCGCUCCUGAUACUGACUGUGUGCGUAUGAAGAUGAGCUUGUGUACAUGAGUCAGAGUAUGCUUGCUGAGUUCGUUAGUCCCUUUUUAAACUUUUUUGACAAUUGGGAGGGGGGAAAAGAGGAGGAUCAGCAAAGCAACAAAGACAAUUCUGCAUUAUUAUUUCUUCUUCUUCUUCUUCUUCUCCAUCACCACCAGACAUUGCACUUAAGCAGACAACUCAUCAAUUUACUGUCUUAACCCCUCGGAGCAACUGAGUAGGGGAAAAUAGAGAACCACCCCUUUUUAGAUCGACCUCAUACCCCGACAGUGACUCAUUCAUUUCUGCAGAUACGUUUCUCUUCCCCCUGAACAAGAAUGGAUCCGUUUAACUGGUGUAAUCGAUGGACUUUUGCUUGCAACAUACCACCCACAGGCAUUUUUUCUGGACAAAUAGCCGAGCAGCCUGAUAUUUCUUUUUUUUUUUUUUUGUUGCCCAGCCACAACAUCACUCUUUCCCCAAAGCUCCUCAUGGGACUCGGUGAUAAAGACGACUGAAGCGUUGUGAGAGGAAAAGAAUGGCUUGUAACGAUACGUGGACUGCCGUGCCGCCUUUCCAUAUCUGAUUGUUUCUCUAUUAUAAUAUACGAUAAAUGACUUCUGCAUACCAUGACAUUUCGCUCGUCCCCAUCUGCCAUCUGAUGCCAUCCUGAUUUCAUCUAAUAGGAAUUGCACUUAUUUUUUUUCUCCCCUUCUCUUUUUGUUGCAGUUGGUUUUGUAUUUGAUUCAAAUUUGCAGCCUUUCCCCGUUCAGUUUUUACCCGCUCCGCUUCUGUAUGGGUUCAACUAUUAGACCCUCCGUCUUUAAAAUGCCUUCUGAACAAUGUCAGUCUUGUCAAGGCUCACAGCGGCUUCUUAUUGGCUCUGUCUCCAGGUCUGUGUUACUAAUAAAACACUUGUCAGUAUCGACCAGUUACUAUCCA